AGUAAAAAUAAUGGCGAUGGGAGGGGCGGUGAAGUUACAGUAAGGUGUUGGUUUGCAUUGUGCAGGAAUUAGCAUGUUACGAGGACGUCAUGUGAUAAACUGGCAGAGAGUCCCAGAAAAGUACCUCGCGCGAGUCCGAACUGCGUCUCGUUACUUUCUCGGUCCGGGGAACGAGCUGCUGCGUUUCUAAUUUUCCCCUUCUCUCUCUCUCUCUCUUUCUUUUUUUGGUAAAGCGUCGGAAGAGCAAAGAUGGAUUUUGGGGUGAUUGUUUCCAAGAGCGUGCUGCUGUUUAUCAGUUUCAUCUUCUGGGGUGCAUCAGCUGGACUCUUCUAUGUUGGCGCACACGUCCUCAACGUUUACAAGGAAUACGACCCCUUUCUUCAUAACCGAGAUGCUCUCUUGCCUCCCAUCAUUAUCAUUGCCGUUGCUGUGGUCCUGUUGGUCUUUGGCAUAGUUGGUUGCUGUGCCACCCUUCGUGAAUCCAAGAUUGGCCUCGGAGUGUUCUUGGUCAUUAUCGUGCUGAUCUUCAGUGCAGAAAUGGCAGCCUUUGUGCUUGGAUUUGUUUACAAAGGAAAGAUAAUAACUGAGGUCCAUGACUCUAUGUCGAAAGAAUUUGCAGCCUACGAUGGACAAUCGAAAAGCUCUCAUAGGGUAGAUUACCUGCAGCAGGAGCUUCAGUGUUGCGGUGUCCAAAACUACACUGACUGGAUUGGGACCCGGUGGUUCAACACUGUCAGCAACCACACUCUUCCUCUGAGCUGCUGCAAGCAAGGCCCGGCUUUCAAGAAUUGCACAGGACAACUAAGUGAGAAGCAUCUUUUCAACACACAAGGCUGUGAAAAGAUGAUGGAUCUCGGUCAGCUGCUCAACUAUGCGAUGCUCAUUGUCUUGGCUUUUGCUAUUGUGAAGUUUUUUGGAAUGCUUGGGAUCUGCGUGUUAGCCUGCAAGAAGGAAAACCAAGGGUAUCAGUCCCUGAGCACCGGAGUGUUUGCCUGACCAAGAAAUAGAGGACUUUUCCCUUUGGGAUCUCCAUGAACAAAAAAUGGAAAGAUCUUUUGAGCCUACUUUUUAUGAAGUCCCAAAGGAGAUUUACACUGGCUUUCAUAAGUAAUAUUAAAGGUGAAAUAGUUGGCAUUAACAUCCUGAUAAACCUGAGAUUUGUCUGAGGUAGUUGAAAUUAAGGUGCCCUUUUUUUUAAACAGCAGAUGGAGACAUUCACCAGAAAAGGCAGACCAACACUUGCAAUUCCAGUGUCUGAUAUAAUUUGUGAAUCCAGCCUUGAAGAGACUUAAAGAAAUUAUUUUUUUACCCACAGCACGCUUUUUCCCUGAUUGGCUGGGCCAUUGGCAUAUGGUAAAGGGCUAGGUGCUUAUAGCAAACCUCUAAAAAUCCAGCGGGAAUGGCUAAAUGUUAGACAUGUUGAAAUCUACUCAGAGAUAAAUGUUGAGAACAUAGCAUGCCUUGGAUUGAAGCUGGAUUCUUCUCCCAAGAGAAAUUGCAGGUUUGAAUGCUGACAAUUUCUUUUACUCUAGACUGACAUUCUCUAGAGUAACUUGGGAGAUUUAGACAUAGGCAGAGUUCAUCUCAGAGGGACCAGCUUUUCUAACAGAAUAUCCAUUAAAUUUCUGACUGUAUGAAUUCUUUUGCUCAGAAGUUGUGUUAGGUUAGAAAUGAAUAUAAGAUUCCAAUUUUUUAGCUCAUGAUGAUGAAUUCUGGUCGUAAGGGUUCCCCAAACUGACAAUUCAUAUAGGGGAAGCACAAUAACAUAAUCCCUAAAAUAGGCUUCAGGUUGUCCAAACCUUGGAAACUUUCAAAUUUGUGGACUUCAACUUCCAGAAUUCCCCAACCAUCCAUACCUGCUGGGGAAUUCUGGGAGUUAAAGUCCUUGAGUCUUAAAGUUGCUAAGGUUGGACACCCCUGUUUUAAGCAAAGGAAGUUACUCUGCUCUAAAUAUCAAUCAUAGCCUUAUCUCUGGAGGGGGGAAAAUACGCUUUGUUACCAUCCUUAGUUCUGCUCUGUCAAAACUAAGUACAAUUCCCAGCUAUAAAUUUGUUGAGCUACAGAACAAA